AUGAUAAAAGAUGAACUCGGGGCCGGCAUUCCUUCGCUACCAAUUAAUGUUCAAUCUAAUGGAUCUCGUACCCGGACCCGGGAGGAGGCGUUAGAGCUUAAAGCUGCUCGUCGAACAGAAAUUGAGCGACGGGCGAUGGAACUCGACCCACCUCUGCCGUCAAAUGUAUUAGAACAUAUUCCAGCCUUCCAAGCAGCUAUCCAAAUCAUAUCGCCUCUUGAUGACCACGCAUGGGAUUUACUCAAGCCACGCUUGCUUGCACAGAGAAUUGCCGCGGAACAGCGUGAGCGACGUGAACAAGGGCUUACUCCUACUCAGACCGGUCUCAUCUCAGCGAUCCCCGAAGAACAUAACCAGGCUGAAGGAAACGCAAUAAUGAAUAAGCAGCUCAUCGAUAAGGCUUGGGAUGAUGUUCAGGAGCCGCUACGCGCGCAGUUAUCCGCAUUUGCUGAUGAGAUCAUCCGCGAUAGUUGGAAUGACGGUCAAAAGGUUGAUACAGAUAAUAGCCCGCAAUUCGCCGCCGAGGUUCUUCUACAUGUCCGUAAAAGAUUCUACGCGGAAAUCGAAAAGGAGUCGGCCGCGGCACGAGCUGCCGGCAGAGAGCCGCUUGAAGACCCGCUGGAAGGGCCUUUUACGCAAAAGCUCACCCUUGAGAAUAUGAAGUGGUUAUUCGAUGUAAAGAUAAAACCUCACACUGAGUCAUAUCGGAAGGAUCUCUUCUUCUGUAAUGGUUGCGAAAUUAGCUUCAAGGCCUUUGGAUUCGAAGGCGUUAUUCAACACUAUGCCGCCAAGCAUACGAAUGCUCUUAGUCAAGGUAGCGUUGUGGUCCACUGGCGGACUGAGUGGCCAGAGAUCCCGCCCUUUAAACCCGACCCUCACAUCAUUAAACCUGCACCACCUACGUCGACAUACGGAAUCUUGCAGCCUCAGGGCAAUGCCCAUUCCUACCGUCGCAAUACAGGCCCUUAUUCAACCGGCUCAAACCCAUCGCCCUUCCAGCUAUCUCCAUACAAUACUGUGCCUCCAAGCUACGGACAUACAGCAUAUGGACCGACGAUGCAACAGCCGGCUCCAUACGGGUAUGGAAACCCCUAUAUCCAAGGACCACAUGAAUACGGUUCUCCUUAUCCCCACCAUGCGCCAUCCUAUGGACCACAUGAAGCCCCUUACCAUGGUUUACACCCGCUCUUUUCUCCUGGGAUGCAAACUGAAUCGCCGACGACCUAUCCCCCUGCUACAACUCCCUAUCCUAACCACACCUACUAUACACCUCAAAAUAAUUCCCAGAUAAGCUCUCAAAGUCCCCAUGGGAAUUUCCUUGCUAGCAAAUAUCAUGCCGAGCUUGAAUAUUUAGCUCGAAAUUCACGCGAGCUCUGGACCUCCACAGCUGGUUUAAAAGAGCUCCCGGGAAAUAUCAGGGUUCAUGUUGUUAUCUGGCAUGUGGUGCAAAAGUUUCGGUCCAAGUUUUAUGAGACCCCCCCACUGUCCAUGUUCAUCGACGGACUCUCAAACAAUAAGGAGAUGCGUCCGGUGCGCAAUGUUAACGGCUUAAUGUGCAAAGCAUGCCACCUUGGUCUGAGUAAUGAAGCGCCGACUGAACAGGAUCUCAAGGCAUUUUCCCUACCACAGCUGGUAACCCAUUUUCAACAAAGGCACGUGGAUCAACCGCGAAUGACAGGCGUCCCUUUCCUUGAUUGGACUAUCAAUAUGGUGCAUAUGCCAGAUAUCUCUGCGCUAUCUAGUCUUCAGUACUUGACGAAUAUAGAUGGCCAGAAAUCUUCAUUGAUAUAUAGUGCUUUUCCGCCAGCGCAGUAUCCUCACAGCUACCCACAAGCUGUAUCUGCUGUUGAUACCCGAGCAGACAUUGGAGCUGGAGCUUUUGCCAGUCAGCAACCGACUAGUAGUGACUCGACAUCACUCUAUCCUACAAUUAGGCAUGAUGAAACCAACUCCAGCAUACAACAAGAACCCCUACGACCCGCUACACUAGGUCAGAAACUAGAUUAUAACCAGCUAACGGUUAUAGACAGCCCCUCUUUAACGGCGCACCAGAAAUUACAGCAUAGUGACUCGGGACGGUCCUCCUCAGAAGCAUGGCAGGGGACUAAUGCAGCAAGGACAAAGAAGCAAAAGAGAGCUUCCACCAAAGAUCGUCGAAACACUUCCAGUCAGAGUUCUAGGAACCGUAAGAGCGGCGCAUUAGAUACAUCGUCUAGGGUCAAAUCACAAGAACCCAGUGAGGGAGACCUAAUCACGGAAGAAGAACGUCGGCAAGAAGAGGAAAUUCGAGCAAUGUGGGCUGCAGACCGCAGGGAGGCUGCACUGGUUGCUUCUAAGAACAAGCCUUCGAAUCAAAAUGGAGAGUCUAAUACUCUAAAUGAAAAAUCGGAAAUAGGAAGUCCGAUAAGUCAUUAUGCUCCACCGGCUCAAAGUAUUGAACCAUCGAUAUAUACAGCACAAGCUGCAAGACCUCAACAACCCAUAAUUGCCCAGGAACGCGACGAAGAUGAUCUUAUGGCUGGUCUGGAGUCUCAACUCGAUCAACAGCAAGAAUUAAAUGGACGUUUCGACUAUGGACUACGGCAUGACGGCGAUCUUUAUCGUGAGAGGCAAUUACCUUACAAACAACAUUUCGGUUCUGGGCAACGUACCUAUCCUGAUCAAGGACAUUCUUACGAUCGAACUACCUUGGAACCCCCUGGAUAUGUUCGGCGCGAAUCAAGACCCCGCCUUGAUCAGUACCAGGAAAAUGACGUUGACCCUCAUGCUAUUGACCCAAUCCACGGGUCUGUGCGUACUACAGCGCCUCCAGAUGACGCGUUAUUUCGCCGACCUCCACGCCAGGAAUAUCAUCAUGUAUACACUGAUGAUGAUCGAGCACAUCAACCCGCCACCGAAUAUGCUACAGCCUAUGAGAUUGUCAGGGUCCGGGAUUCCCACGGCGAGUACGUAGUCAAGAGACCUAUUAGAUUUGAGCGAGAAUCUACCUACGCUAUAUCUCAGGAUGGGCCUACCCCUUAUAAUGAUGCUGCAGCGCGAUACAGGUCUUACGGAAAUGAAGACUCCAGGAACCGAUUGAGAUACGAAUCUGACUUGAGGACUGAGCCACCUCUGCGACAACCUACAUACGAGGCUAACUUCAGGGCGGAAGGUAGCAUAACCAAGAGAACCUACGAAGCAUUCUCGAGAGAUAAUGCCACCAGCUAUGAUGACUACGACCCGAGAUAUCCGUCAGGCCCACCGAACUCCAACAUUGCGCGACAACCCCGAUAUCAGUAA